GGAUGAGAGCUUCUGCCUGCCUCAGUCAGCUCCAUGAAGGCUUCAGCAGGACCGGGAGCUCCGUUGCCACGCAAAGGGAGAGUCUACAGGAACAAGGCCACGGCGUCCUUUGUGGACGAAUCGCUUUUCGGUAGCCAAGGAAAACAUCCAUCUUCCAGCCCGGAGUUUGAACCGCCCUGGAAGGAGGCCAAGGCUCGUGGUCAGAGACCCCUGCUAUGGAGUCCGGAGACCACGCAGAUGGAUUCCAGUCCCUUGAAAUCCCCCCAACCAGUCAGCACCCCACGGAAGAGGAAUAAAUACAGGUUGAAAAGCCACACGCCAUCCUACUGUGACGAGACUCUGUUUGGGUCCAAAUCAGGAGGGCAAGAAUGGACAGCCUCCUGGGCCACCCGAGAAGAUGUGGCUAAGCUCCGCCCUCUGCUCUGGACUCCACCUUCGGCUCCAAGAGACCGGCCAGUCCUUUUCCAUCAUCCAAAGGAGAUGGUCAUCUCUACGGGGAGGGAUAGAUUUGAAGCCAACCACAAAGUAGGAACCUCUUUUUGGAAGCCACCUGAGAACUCUUCAGAGGUGGCCACCCAAGUCAUAAGAAGACCAUGUUCCCAGUCUCUCGCCAGACUGUAUGAUACCUCUGAUCGAUUUCCCCCAACCGGGUCCAAUAAACAGCAGGAUCAACGCACGCUGCCUGCAUCUUCACGAGCUCUUCUCACCCCAGGUUCAAAAGGGAUGCUUUGUUCAUCUGCUCGGAUCACAAGUUCACGUCAAGAGAAACCUCCUUGGAGAUAGACCAGCCAAAUCAAUCCUGUAAGUGGACAGCUUACUAAAUCAGCAUGCUGGCUGGGGAAUUCUGGGAGUUGAGGUCCAACCGUGUUAAAAGAUGCAGCAAAUGAAGAGAAUGCAUAGAGAAUAAUUGUACUGGUGGUACAUUUCUGGCACCGGAGGGCAAAGAGAAAAUAAAAAUAGGUUUUUGGACACCGCACCAUUUAAAAACAACAUGAAACAUUGGAAAAUAAGAGUCUCGUGAAUGUUAUCUGUCCACUACACUUUUCUUCCAAACUUAGAACAGAGAAUAAUGGAGUUGAAAGGGACCUUGGAGGUCUUCUAGUCCAACCCUCAAAGCAGGAGAUCUUACUCCGUUCCAGCCAGAUGGUUCUCCUAUUUUUGAAAACCUCCAAUGUCGGAGCACCCACAGGUUUUGAAGGCAAGCCGUUC